GGCGCACUCUCCCUCCUCGACUCGUUCAGUGUCUCGCGUGACUCCGCAUGAGAAGCAUCUACCGUCCGCUCUCCUCUUCGCUCUCCAGCAACCGUCGGCCGUUCUCCCGAAAAUUCGGAAUCGUUCCACCGAGACGAUCGGCGCGACGCGAGUGCGCGAGUCAUGAGACUGCUGCAUCGGCGUCAGGCCUGAGCAAAUAACACAGUGCGAGAUAACGACUCUGCGACAGCUGCAUCGGCCAAGCUUGCGGAGGUGCGACAGAAAGAACAUGAGGACCCUGCACCGCUUCAUGCUCCUCCUCUUCCUCGGGAUCUGUCUCGGCGCGAAGACGGCGCACGCGAACGUGCAAAGCAAAGUGCGAUGCUCCGAGCAGACGAUGGAGGUUGACAUCGUCAGGACCACACCGCAAGCUCUGAUCUACCUUCAGCAGCUGAAGAAUUAUCCAGACGAGGCGUGCAAGCCGAAACUCGGCAACGGUAUAGCCACGUUCAGAUUGUCGCUGCUGGAGAAGGACAUGUCUCGCUGCGGGGUCAUGAGGAUCACCAAUAAGCUCACGGGUCAGAAGAUGUACUAUCACCGGAUAAUAGUCGAAGAGCCGUCGGAUAACAGCAAGCAUACGUUCGCGGUCAAGUGCAGCAUUACCGAGGUGAUUGUCCACGAGCCGAAACUCUCGAACAACAACAACCACACGGCGGUGCGGAGGAGCGUCUUACCGGAAGACUUCGAAGCCGACGCAAACACGCCAGUCCUGGGAAUGUUGACUGGUAACGCAUCGGAACCAAAGCUGCUGUGGAACGUCAGGCAAGGCAACAGAAUUGUCAAAGACGAAUUGCACGUCAAACCUGGAACACCACUGCAAAUGGAAAUAUACCUGAGCGAGGAAGCUGCGAAAGUUUACGGACUCUUAGUGACUCACAUGCAGGUUACCGAUACGAAGACCCAGGAGGAAACGAUCAUCUAUAAUGGGUGCUCGGUGGAUCCUUAUCUGUUCGAAAACUUCGAGACGGUGAACGGCCACUUCUUAUCCGCCAAGUUCCGCGCCUUUAAGUUCCCGGAGAGCAGCUACGUGCAAUUCCACGGUACCGUUACCGUUUGUGUGGGCAAAUGUCGCGGGAUCGAAUGCAGUAAUGGCAAAAUUGGCUACGGCAGAAAGAGAAGAUCUGCAGAGAAACCAGAGUCUGACAAGAACGAGGUCUGGGAAAUGGCGAUGUCGUUGUUCUACAAGGUAGACCUGGAUUACAGUGACCUUACCGAGGAAGAAAUUUCUAAAUUCAUUCGCAAAGGAAAAACGCGCGAGAGGACAGUGAGGGCAGAGGAAAUCGGCGAGCAGUUCAAGUACAAGACCGACAACCCAGCCUCCAACAGUUCCAAGAGCUCACCAAUAUUCGGAAUCUUCCUCGUUCUUCUGUACUUCUGCAGAAUCCUGUAAGGCCUGGAUCAAUCGAGACUAUGCAAUGCUCGAAAUUGUAUUAUCUCUCCGUUAUAGGUGUGCGCACAAAUAGAUACUCACAUUAUUGCUCAAACGAUCUUGUAAAAGUGUAACUGCUAGUAGGACGUUAUUUUUCCUUAAUAUUCAACUCGAAGCAGACACUAACAAACGGAAACAGAGGAAACGGCGUCUUACACAUCAAACCGCCCUUGUGAUAUUAAGGUAAAAAAAGGAGAUGAAAAACGAAGAGCCCGAGAUUUCGCAGCUAGUAUAGAGGAAGAGAGAGAGAGAGAGAGAGAGAGAGAGAGAGAGAGAGAGAGAGAGAGAGAGAGAGAGAGAGAGAGAGAAGCAAUCGCUGCCUGAGUGCAAAAAGCGAUGAGCUGCUGCUUAGGUGGCGGCGGCGGCGACGGCUACGACGAGGUAUAAAAUUGCUGCAAUCAAAUUGCCAAGUCGGGGGGAAAAUGUGUAACGUACUUAAGAGGCGCGCGCGAGAGCCGAAGAAACGAACGGAACCUCGUGCACGCGGCCGAUGGCUGCGGCGUUUAUCUCCAUCAAGUAUAGCAGUGACGAGACGCAGCAACGACGAUUCUCUCGCGCAUCAGCUUCUAAGAUUUCUCCGCUCUGCAACUGCUGAAUCGACGGGGCACCCAUUCGUUAUUCCCACAGAGAGACUUCUUUCCCUCAGCGCGGUACACCCUUUUGCACUUCAGCGGGUUCAGCCUCUCCUUCCAGUUUCGCGUUUUAUUUCUUCUGCGCCAUAUGAACGGGCAACUAGAUCGAGAACUAGCCUUGCCGCGCAGCGAAUUUUCGCAAGAGUUGAUUCAACCGAUGGAAUGAUACAAGAAAAUAGGCGCGAUAAGAAAUUCAGCUUUUGUGAGUGGAGAAAGCUAAUGGACCUAGUCGUAGGACGACGUAAUAACAUUUAUUAAUAAAGCGGCUUAUUGUUAAAGUAUAGCAUGUAAGUUUCUCAAUUGAUUAGCUAUUAACGAUUUUCUCAUUUUCUGUAUCAAUAAUAUUUGUACUCAAUAAAUGUAAUAUUGGAACAAUGCAUUGUGAAGUGAAUGAGUGUAGAGAGCCUGCGAGAAUUCUUUGCAUGUGUGAAUGAGAUUUUGCGAAGCACUUCCGAUCAUUCAGCACGUAUACAUUAUGAACAUUUGGUUAAUAAAGAAACGAGCAUAAUCAAUAAUUAUUUUAUUAAUUCGAUACUCGACGGCAUAGCUUGUAUGAUCAGAAUACAGAGACGCCAGAUCGUUUUUAGUUAGAAAUUACCGUACUGUUUAUUUAGUGUCAUUGUAAUAUGUAUUAUACCUAAUACGCCUAAGUUUUAAUUUUUGCGUACACUAAAGUUUUAGAAAUCGAUGCAUUUCGUUCGAGAUAUCACUUACUUUGUUUGAAUUUCUGCGCGUAGCAAUAAAAAAAUAAUAGUUGAUAAUAAAUACUGCUGUUCAACAAAAAAAUAAACUUGACAGUCUCACCGACAAGAUAGUUUUCUUCUUUCUGUAGGUAUAUGAUGUCAUUAAUUUUAGUUCCUAUAGAGAAUUAAAGCGUGAUAAAAGCGAGCAAGAUUUUACAAAAACAACUGCUAUUAUCGCAUGCUUAUAUUUUAUAGUCCACUUACUGCAGAGAAUAUAAUGCUUAAAAAAAGAAUGAUUUGAAUUAGUUGAUGCAAAAUUAAUAAUAUUUUAUAAAAGAAAGUAGCAAGUAAGAAUCAAAAUUCCUGCAAACAGUUAACGACAAAUAAUUCUACUAAUUUUAUAACUAAAUGUAUAACAGCGAACACCAUAAUAUUGCAAUAAUAUAAUUAAAUAAUGACUAAGGAGCUUUCUUAUCAUCGUAUAUAUAUUAUUUUGAAAUAUUCAUAAUUACUCUGUACACUUGAAAUAUUCAACAACGACAAAAAGUAUAAAAAUAAAAAGUGUGUUUAUAAAAACUCA